AUGACGCCAACUCCGCCUUCUACAAACUCGUCCGCCGGAAAGGCAUCGCCUGAAGAGAAAUUUCGUGUGCGCGAGGGCAUGGACACGACGUCCUGCUCCUACGCAUCCCCCGCUUCCCGAAAGAAGAGUCUAAACCAAGCUGAUUCGAGCCCCGACGAUAUGCAAAAUAGAAUAGAUAGGCUUGAGGGCCUUGUGCUUUCCUUGAUGCAUAACGGCGCAAAUAUUGAUCCCAAGGCCCCGCGCACCAGUGUAUCUCUCUCUCACUCAGUCGCCGACAGCGGUUCCUCAGCUCAGAUAGCGGAGGCGGCCAUGGCAGAAGACGACGAGAUCGACGUGGAUGACCAUCUUGCCAAAUCUAUUGGCAUCCUCAAGGUUGACGCUGAUAGGGGAAAGUCGAUGUAUAUUGGCCAGGAACACUGGCAUUUGAUUCUAGCAGAUAUCGCCGAGGUCAAAAACUACUUCACUAAUCACAAAAAAGAAAUCGAAUCAAGUUACGAGAAGGUCAGAUCAUCCAAACCCGCCACCGCGAGGGAAGGACCUACACUGCUUCUGGGCGCAUCCCCUGCCUCCGAAGUAGAGCUGCGUGGGGAGCUGCCAUUCAAAUCGAGCGUUCUUACGCUGUGCAGUCGCUACUUCAAUUCCAUGGAAAAUGCGGUCAGCAUCAUUCACGGACCAACUUUUUUUCAACAACUCCGAGACCACUGGCAAGAUCCGUCGAAAACACCAAUAAUGUGGCUAGGCCUGUUAUACUCAAUUCUAUGUCUUGCCAUGUUGAGUUAUCACAAAGUCGGAGACGAACCGCCAGAGUGGCGGGGCAAAACACUGGAACUUGCUGCGGAGUACAGGUUACGGACCGUGCAAUGCCUGAUAAAGGCUGACUACACCAAGCCAGUAGAGCACACUGUUGAAACAAUGCUACUGUACGUGUUUGGCGAGUAUUCUUCCCGUUGGGAUGUUGAUCACGGCCUAUGGAUGAUUGUAUCUUUGAUCAUCAGAAUAGCCUUCCGCAUGGGCUACCACAGAGACGCAAAAUGGUUUCCGUCCCUAUCACCAUUCCAGGCGGAAAUGAGGAGAAGAACAUGGGCAUUAGUUCGCAUGGCCGAUGUCGUUUUCUCUCACCAGGUAUCACUACCAAGCAUGAUAUACGACCAUGAUUGUGAUACGCAGCUGCCAAAUAAUAUCUUUGACGACGAGAUCAACACUUCGACUCAGCAGCUGCCUCCUUCGAGGCCCAUUUCUGAGAACACUCCGGUUUCCUACAUGAUCGCCAAGGCCCGGUUGUGCAUCGAGUUGGGCAGUAUCCUGCAGGCGACAAAUAGAGUGGACAAGGGAGUACCGUAUGACGAGAUUAUUCGUUUUGACGCAAAACUGCGGCAAAUAAUGCAAGAGCUGCCUCCGCAUCUGAAAAUUGGCCCUAUGGCCGGCUCGCGUGACCCGGUCACGCUGAUUAUUGCUCGAUUCAAUAUCGACAUUCUAUUUCAAAAGAUUAUGUGCUUGUUACAUCGAAAGUACAUACGAAGAGCAAGACAAAACCCUCGGUAUGCACACUCGAGAAAAAGCGCCAUUGAGGCGUCAUUACAAGCCAUGGAACACUUGCAAACUCUCCACCGAGAAUCAAAAGACAAAGGUCGACUGCGCACCUUAAAUUGGUACGUCAAGUCGAUUGCGACCAAGGAAUUUAUUCUUCCAGCCAUGCUUAUCGUUCUGGAUCUUCACUACGACAACCUCGCUGAGCAGUCUGGGUUGCCUGAAGACACCGAGGGCGCAUUUCGAUGGUCCGCAGAGCAGAGGGCCAGGAUGAUUAGCACCCUGGAAGACGCAACAAUCAUCUGGAAGAGUCUCGCAGAUGGUUCAAUGGAGGCUUUCAAGGCGUCCAAGACAGUCGACAUCAUGCUGCGCAAGUUACAGAACCCCAUAAGAAACGGGCCAUCCAAUGCGCGCAGCGAUCCCAUAUCUGCAGACACGAUCAGGUCAGGAUUGGAUCCAUCAUUUGCAUCAUCUGGGACGGUGACAAUUUCACCAGAAGGGCUCAAUGACUUUGGUACCGGGAUGAGCCCACUCUUCAACUUAAAUAGCGGCGCAUACACGGGCAUGGAAUUCGGCCUACCCGCGCCAAGUCUGGGCGAACUCACUGGUGACGGAAUGAAUCUCAUCGGCGCCCAGCCACCAUUGUCAAUGCUCACAAAUAUAGGCGCAAGUUCUGGAUCCGGGCCGGAGCUGUCCAAUUUUGAAUGGGGCGCGUUCGAGAGUUAUGCGCAAGCGGCUAAUUGGGGUGCGGACCAAAGCUUUCAGAUCUUUGGUGGGGAGUCAGAUGACCAGGAAGCCAACAUGACGAAUUCGCAGUAG